ACGCCGCGUUGGCUUGCAAAGUCGUGAAAAGUUUUUAGACCCCCUCCCCUGUAUGUUUUGUUGGGGGAAAAGUUGUCGGUAGUUCAUCGUGUGAAUGUAGCGUGUGCCGCCGUUUAACCCCCGAUUAAAAGGGGAACAUUAUAAGCGCGUAUCCGAGAAAAGAAGGUUCAUAGUGGGGGAAGCGUUUCGGCAUUAGAGGUUUUGAAAGUUUUGCGUGUCUGGCCCGGGGAGGAAAAACCUCAGUGGCCAUCGUUUCACCUCUUUCGUCUCGCUAGCCACCUAGCUAGCCGCUAACGAGCUAGUGAGCUACGGUACCUAGCCGGACUAUUUAGUGUUUAAACUAAAAAAGAAAAAGGCGACAAGAUGGCAGAAACCAAAAUAAUAUAUCAUAUCGACGAGGAGGAGACGCCGUACUUGGUGAAGAUACCCAUUCCUGCCGAGAAUAUAACUUUGCUGGAUUUUAAACAGGUCUUGAACAAGCCCAACUACAAAUUCUUCUUCAAGUCCAUGGACCAGGACUUUGGGGUGGUGAAGGAGGAGAUCUCCGAUGAGAGCGCCAAAUUGCCGUGUUUCAACGGACGAGUGGUGUCAUGGUUGGUAUCUUCAGACACCCCGGCGGCGGAGCCUCCGGUGGCGGUGGCACCCCCCGCCGAGACCCCGGCCCAGCCCUCACCUCCGCCCCCACCCCUGCCUCCCCCGCCCGCCGAGAGGACCGGCGGCAUCGGAGACUCCCGGCCCCCGUCCUUCCAGCGGGGCAGCCCUAACGCCGCAGGCAGUGUGGAGACCCUGGACGACCAGACAGAGACGGAGUCCGUGGUGUCCUUCCGACGAGAGCGCCCCCGCCACAGAGAUCCCCUGCUGGAGCCCCACGGGCCACGUAUGAACGGCCAGAGCCGCUUGGAGCGCCACCUGGCCGGCUACGAGAGCUCUACCACGGUGAUGAGCAGUGAGCUGGACACCACCAGCUUCUGUGACUCGGAGGACGACGACACCAUGAGCAGGUUCAGCAGCACAACAGAGCAGAGCACCGCCUCCAGGCUGCUAAAGCGCCACCGCAGACGGAGGAAACAGCGCCCCCCGCGGCUGGAGAGGGCCUCGUCCUUCAGCAGUGUGACUGAUUCCACCAUGUCUCUCAACAUCAUCACCGUCACGCUCAACAUGGAGAAGUACAACUUCCUGGGCAUCAGCAUCGUGGGCCAGAGCAACGAGCGGGGCGACGGCGGCAUCUACAUCGGCUCCAUCAUGAAGGGAGGGGCGGUGGCCGCCGACGGCCGCAUCGAGCCCGGAGACAUGCUGCUGCAGGUGAACGACAUCAACUUUGAGAACAUGAGCAACGACGACGCGGUGCGCGUGCUGCGGGAGAUCGUGCACAAGCCGGGGCCCAUCAUCCUGACAGUGGCCAAGUGCUGGGACCCCUCCCCUCAGGGGUACUUCACGCUGCCCCGCAGCGUCUGUGCAGACGAGCCGAUCCGGCCCAUAGACCCCGCGGCGUGGGUCAGCCACUCGGUGGCUCUGACCGGGGCCUACCCCCCCUACCCGGGCAGCUCCUCCCUCAGCACCAUCACCUCGUCCUCCUCCGUCACCGAGACCGAACGCUUCGACGACUUCAACCUCUCGCUGCACUCCGACAUGGCGUCGGUCGCCAAGGCGAUGGCGUCCCCGGAGUCCGGGCUGGAGGUCCGGGACCGUAUGUGGCUGAAGAUCACCAUCCCCAACGCCUUCCUCGGCUCGGACGUGGUCGAGUGGCUCUUCCACCACAUCGAGGGCUUCCAGGACCGCCGCGAGGCCCGCAAGUACGCCAGCAACCUGCUGAAGGCCGGCUUCAUCCGCCACACGGUCAACAAGAUCACCUUCUCGGAGCAGUGCUACUACAUCUUCGGGGACUUCAGCGACUGUGAAAACUACAUGGCCAACCUCUCCCUGAACGACAACGACGGCUCCAGCGGGGCCUCGGACCAGGACACGCUGGCCCCACUGCCCCUCCCGGGGGCCUCGCCGUGGCCCAUGAUGCACACCUUCGCCUACCAGCCGUACGCCGCCCACCCCUACUCCAGCCAGCCCCCGCCCUACCACGAGCUCACCAGCUACAGCUACGCCCCGGGCAGCACGGGCAGCCAGCACAGCGAGGGGAGCCGGAGCAGCGGCUCGACGCGCAGCGAGGGCGAGCGUCGCCGCGGCGGCGGCAGCAAGGGCCCCGGCAGCACGCUGGGCGGCAGCGAGAAGUCCCCCGGCGCCGGGCCGGACGCCGCCGGUGGCGGCGGCGGCGGGGGCGGGGACUCGCGCUCGGGCAGCGGCAGCGAGUCGGAGUACUCCACCCGCAGCAGCCUGCGGCGGGGCCACGGCUCGGCCACGCCCAGCGAGCACAGCCACGCCUCCACGCAGCGCUCGCACCACCAACACCACCGCCUGCCGCCGCCGCCCCACAUGUCGCCCUACCCGCCGGGCAUGCCGCUGCCCUACAACCCCAUGAUGGUGAUGAUGGUGCCGCAGCACGCGCACCCGGCCAUGGGCGCGCCCCACCCACUCUCCCACGCACAGCAGAUGCCCCCGGGCACCAUGCACCCGGGCAUGGCCCAGCUGCCCUCCAGCGUCCCCGGCGGGCCCCCCGGGGCCCCGCCCACCCGCGACCUGGGCUCGGUGCCCCCGGAGCUGACCGCCUCGCGCCAGUCCUUCCACCUGGCCAUGGGCAACCCCAGCGAGUUCUUUGUGGACGUGAUGUAGCCGGGUUCGGGCUGGAGGGGGAGCGAUGGCGGCGCCGUCUCGCCGCGUGAUCGGAGGACGUCUAAACGGGGAUGGGGGUGGGGGGGGAUGGCUACCGCGCCGCGCACCCUCUCAGGAGCCCUGCCGGUUGCUUUUGUUGAGGGCGCGCUGGAUAGAAAAGGUUGUCGCCUUGAUUGAAGAAAGAUAAUUAGGUGAGAACAGGGUUUGAAAAAACUAAAAAAAGCGUAGUUAAGGUUUAGCCACAUUUCUAGUUGUCCCCUUUUUCCGCCCCUCAACCAAAUGACAUUCAACGUGUUGCCUUUUUUAUCGAAAGAAUUGUAUAAACACUACAAAGAAGACUGACCAUAUCAAAGAAAGUGUCAUGUCUGGUGCCCUCCCUCCCUAACGCAUACUUCUCUGAUGGGUUUUUAAAACUGAAUGACAUGUAAGCACUGGGUGUUUGUGUGCUCGUGUAUGUGUGUGUGUGUGUAUGUGCGUGCGUUUUCCCCCAAAAGAGAGGUAGGUCCCCAUUUUGCUUACCCGCUCCCAACCAAUAUGUAGUGAUCUUAAUGCUAAACGUUGCUAAACACUAAAACUAGAGCGGAUGCCAAGGUUGUGAGAGCGAGCGUCCGUACUUAACAUAGCUGGAACCAUUUAGUCGGUGUGGAGUGUUCCCGGUGGGAGGUGGAAGAGACACGCACGCAGUGGCAUCCAUUUGCAGUCUGAGACCAGAGGAAUUGAAACGAGUGCCUUAUUUGUUAUAUAUAUAUAUAUAUAUAUUCUACUAGAGACUGUUACACUACACAAGGGUACAAAGGUAACUCUUCCUAUGUCUUCCAAGGAACCAUCGUUGUAUAUAUAUACACAUCUACUACUACUCCAAUGUAAAUGCAAAGACAGUAGGUCCAAAAAAAUAUUGAGUGAAUUUUGGUGUUUUUAUUAAUCACUGUCUAGUUGAUGAAGUUGUUGAAACGCUGUUGUGAAGAAUAACAUUAUUCUGUGCUGGGCUAUUUGAUGAGGUACUUGAAUGAAGAAACAACAUACACACUCACUUACAAAAGAAAAAAAUCGGUACUAUAGAAAUUCCUAGAAUGUAUAUCCUCAACUUGCUGUGAUCCAAGUGCCCAAGCUUCCUAUACAUAGUGUGUAUGUUACUGACAACAAUAUUCAACCGUUUCAUCAUUGUCUUUUGUAUGUGUGGCUAUAUAGAUCAUGUGUAAUCAAAGCAUAUAGGUGCAACGUGAAGACGUUAACAUUGCAGAGAGAACGGCAGUGCAGUCGUAGUGUUUUGGAUUUGAUAUUGUCACCCAUGCUUGUGUAUUUGAGAAUAAAUUUGAUACAUAUAACACUAA